AAGAUGAUGGAGAGAUUCGGGGCGAUGAAGCUUUACCUUAUGAAAUGGAUUUGUCUGCGCUGGGCUUGGGUUUGUUUAGCGGCUUGUGGCGGUAAGGUGGAGUUGCACAGUGAGAGGAGAGGAGUGAUCUACAGCCCAUCAUGGCCCCUCAAUUACCCACCCGGUGUGAAUUGCAGCUGGAACAUACAGGGGAACCGCGGGGAUGUGAUCACAAUCAGUUUUCACAGUUUUGAUGUGGAAGACACACGGGACUGCAGGGGAGACUGGCUGUUGCUCGGACCCACGUGGAAAACUGAAUAUCGGAUCUGUGGCUCCGUUCUCCCCCCUCCCUUCAUCUCCUCCAGAGGAAGAGUCUGGGUCUUCUUCCACUCUCAGACCAACAGCUCUGGACUGGCGCAAGGCUUCAGAAUGUCUUAUAUACGAGGUCGGUUGGGUCAAAGUAGUUGUGAGAAUGAUGAGUAUUUAUGUGGAAACGGUAAGUGCGUUCCACGUUCAUGGCGCUGUAAUGGCUUGGAUGAAUGUGGAGACAAUACAGAUGAAAGAAGCUGUGCCCCUCAACCCACACCGGCCCGGGUGAGUCUGUGCCCACCAGGAACCUUGGAGUGUUCUGACAUCCAGUCCACACGCUGCUUGCCGGCAACCUUGCGCUGUAAUGGAGCUCGAGACUGUCCCGAUGGAUCCGAUGAGGCCCGCUGCCCAGACACUUCCUGCGGAAAACACUUGGUCAACUUUUAUGGGACGUUUGCAUCGCCUGAUUUUUUUCGUCCAAACAGGAGCGGGGGAACAGAUCUGCACUGCACGUGGUUUCUGGACACACAAGACCCGAAGCCACUGGUGCUGCAGGUGGAUCUACAGCUGGGUGUUGGGGACUCGGUCCGUGUUUAUGAUGGAUUGGGAGAACGCCCAGAUCGUCUUCUGCAGAGUCUCUCUCACCAUAAUAAUCACAGACGGGCCCUGCUGGAGUCUUCACAGGGACAGAUGAGUGUGUUCUACCACGCUAAACCUCACAGCCCUGGACAUGGCUUCAAUGCCACCUAUCAGGUUAAGGGUUAUUGCUUUCCAGGCGAGCAUCCAUGUGGCACAGACGAGGGAUGUUACACUGACCUGCAGCGCUGUGAUGGUUACUGGCACUGCCCUGGAGGGCGAGAUGAGGAACGCUGCCCGCUGUGCCAGGCUGGCGAGUAUCCAUGCGAGGGCGGCAGCGGGACAUGUUACUCAGCCUCUGAGAGGUGUAACAACCAGAAAAAGUGUCCAGAUGGCUCAGAUGAGAAAAACUGCUUCGAUUGUCAGCCUGGAAACUUCCACUGCGGAACCAACCUGUGCAUCUUUGAGACAUGGCGGUGUGACGGACAGGAAGACUGUCUCGAUGGCAGUGAUGAAAGAGACUGUUUGGCCUCUGUGCCCAGGAAGGUGAUCACAGCAGCUUUGAUCGGCAGCCUGGUCUGUGGGCUGCUGCUGGUCAUCGCAUUGGGUUGUGCCUUUAAACUGUACUCACUCAGGACAAGAGAGUACAGAGCUUUUGAAACACAGAUGACCCGACUAGAGGCGGAGUUUGUUCAAAGAGAGGCUCCACCCUCUUAUGGUCAACUGAUAGCUCAAGGUCUCAUACCUCCAGUUGAUGACUUUCCAGUCUACAACCCAACACAGGCAUCUGUUCUACAAAAUCUCCGUUCAGCUAUGCGGAGACAGAUUCGUCGACACUCCUCCCGACGCUCCUCAUCGCGACGGCGGCUUGGUCGUCUCUGGAACCGCCUGUUCCAUCGUGGUUCUCGCUUACGUGGUCAGAUCCCUCUCCUAACGCCUCCUGGCCAUACACACAUGAACACACACACAGUUCUGGGGCUCCAUAGCUACAACACAGUGGACUGCAACGCCGAGGAGCCACAGGAGGGUUUGGGACAGACCCCCUCCCCCUGUUCAACCGCUGCGCUUGGGUUAUCUCUGCAGACUCACACUGAUGCCCUCUGCUCAGCUGAAAGAGAGUCUCCCCUCUCUUCUUUCUCUCCGACCUCACCCGCCUCACCGCGCUGCUCUUCAGACACCCUGGAGGACGAAGAUGAAGAAGAUGAUGAUGACGGAAGUUCAGAGCUGUCUAGAAUGAGAAUAAGAUCUAAACGCAUCACGGAAGGCUCGUCCCCGAAGCAUAAAGAUGGAGAUAGUCCACCUGGACCUUCGGAUAGACCCAAACACAGCAUGAACAGGUCGCGGACCUCAAGAAGGCUAGUACAGGAACUGGCAGCAGAGCUCAGAGGAGUCUCCAUCCUCCGCUACACCUCCGUAGGUGUUUCGCCUCUUUCUUCUCCGGAGUCGCCAACAUCUUCCAGUGGUCAGUCUGAGGGGCACAGAGGCCUUCCUACACUCACAAAACCACAUAUGGAUACACAAACAGGCUCGCACUCAGAUGUGCUCUUAAGCCCAGGACAGACCCCUUUAGGGAAUUCAUCAGGAACAGAAGACACUCCAGGUGACCCUCUCAGGCAUUGCAGACUCACAAGUAACGAGGAAGAGAUUGAUGACGUUCAGUUCACUGUGCACUGAGAAGCCUUUAUCAUCCUCUCUAUUCCAAAUAUGUGCCAACUUACCGAGCCUUAUUAGGUUCAAUGAACAGCCUUCCAUCAAGAGUCAUUGACUUUCAAGCCUUAAAGGAAUAUUCCAUUUUCUUAAAAGAAAAAUCCAGAUAAUUUACUCACCACCAUGUCAUCCAAAAUGUUAAUGUCUU